AUGAGUCUUCAGUUGGAAGAAGCAUUAUUCGAGAACAACACUCUUGGAUACUUUAACCUGCACUGUGGAAAUAGCUCCCAAGCAUUGAAUGCUGUGGCCCACAGGGACAUGGUUGUUGAGAAACUACAACAAAUCAAUCGAAGGGCUGCGAAAGCUUCAGACGAAAACACAACGACAACAAUGCUCAUGAAUGCGUACCAUGGAACAAGGCUGUCUGGAGAAAUGUCAUAUCCCAACUUUAAGGGGGACUGUCGGAAGCUCAAUUAUCCCAAUGUCGAUUUAUUGUAUCAAGCUUGUGACAUGGCCAAGGUGGAUUGCGGUCAUAUUUUGAUUUAUCGAGACCCCUACGCCAUAAUGCGAUCCACAAAUAGAAGAAAGUUCCACAACGACUCCUCUAUUGUGGCAGGAAUCCACAUGUACACUAGUAUGCUGAGCAUUAUCCAGACACAAUUAUGGACGCAUAGUCACCGGACACUUGGCUGCUGGAGUGUCCUGGAUCCGACGGAGGAUGUUUGGCAAUCCAUUCAGAGAAUCUUUGGAUGGGAAUCACGGAUAGAAAUGGCAAAAGCUGUGCGCAAAAUCUAUUGGAAUCCCAAACCGCUACUUGAGGAAGAGAAAGAGCUAAUUGUACCCACAAUAUACGCCCCUUAUAUGGAUUCGUUUCUUCGGCAUCAUGAAGAUUCAGUUGAAUUGUGUCGCCAACAGGCUGAAGCCAAUACUCAUUAUUAG